GGCGCGCUUUCGUGACGCAACCCACGGCGCGGGGGAAGAUGGCGGCGCUGGUGAAGCGCGUGGGGUGGCCUGCACGACUCCUGGUGCCGGUGGUCCAGACUUGGGACUUCGAUGCGCGGCGCUGGGUCCGAGCGCUGCGGCGGAGCCCGGUGAAAGUGUUUCCAUCCGGACAGGUGGUGGAUCGGAAGCCCGGUGCUGGGAAGCAGCCCGGGAAGGCGGCGGCUCAGGCCAGUCCCCAUGUGCAGCGACCGAAGCAGCCGCUUCAGGUGCCCCCAUCUCAGGCGCCCAGCACCUGGGAAGAGUCAGGGCUUCGCUACGAUAAAGCUUUACCCGGGGACAAAAGGCUCAGCAGUGUAAUGACAAUAGUUAAGUCCCGGCCAUUUCGGGAAAAGCAAGGGAAGAUCCUGCUGGAAGGUCGCAGGCUGAUUGCAGAUGCUCUCAAAGCUGGCGCUGUGCCCAAAGUGUUCUUCUUUAGUCGUCUGGAAUACAUAAAGGAGCUGCCCCUUGAUAAGCUGAAAGGUGUCAGCCUCAUUAAGGUGAAAUUUGAGGAUAUCAAGGAUUGGUCCGACCUAGUAACACCACAAGGAAUAAUGGGGAUUUUUGCCAAACCUGACCAUGUUAAGAUGGCAUACCCAGAGACUCAGCUUCACCACUCACUGCCCUUAUUAUUGAUUUGUGACAAUCUCCGUGACCCUGGGAACCUGGGGACAAUUCUGAGAUCUGCUGCUGGGGCGGGCUGCAGCAAAGUAUUACUCACCAAAGGCUGUGUGGAUGCCUGGGAGCCCAAGGUGCUGCGGGCAGGUAUGGGUGCGCAUUUCCAGGUGCCCAUCAUCAACAAUCUGGACUGGGAAGCAGUGCCCAACUACUUGCCCACCGAUACCCGGGUCUACGUGGCGGACAACUGUGGCCUUUAUGCCCAGGCCCAGACAUCUAAUAAAGCCAGUGACCAUGGCUGGGUGUGUGACCGACGGCUCUCAAAGUUUCACAAGUAUGAGGAAGAGGAGGAGGAAGAUCUAGACACCGGAGCCAGUAAAGGCUGGCUCCCUGAACUUGAGGUCCAGAGUUAUGACUUGGAUUGGACAGAGGCACCAGCGGCUGUGGUCAUAGGAGGGGAGACCCACGGUGUGAGCCUGGAGUCCCUGCAGCUGGCCGAGAGCACGGGGGGCAAGAGGCUGCUGGUCCCUGUCGUGCCUGGUGUGGAUAGCCUGAACUCGGCCAUGGCCGCCAGCAUCCUGCUUUUUGAAGGGAAAAGACAACUGCGGUUGAGGAUGGAACACUUGAGCAGGGACAGGAGUUACCACUGAGAGGGACCAUGGAAGUUAGUCUUUGGUUUGCCUCCAGCUGCUCCUACAUCGCUAGGAGGCUGGCAGAGUUGGUACCUGGCUUUCUAGGCCACAUGGAGGAGGUGGCAGGUAGGCACGAUGCUGUUGAAUGGUUCUUGAAAAAAGAAGAUUUUCCACGUACUUCUGUUUAUCCUCAAAAACAACAAAGGUCGGAAUUCUUCCUGAGCUCUCCCAUCCCCCUGACUUUUAUAUGUAUACAUAAGAGCUACAUGUUCAGUAGCUUGCUGUUGUUUUCAGCUUGGCUAUGUCAAUCUCUGCUAUUAUUCAGGCCUUGAACUUAAACAGUCACCGUGUAUGUAUAGCAUGAUUUUUUCCCCCUUUCUGGCGAAACAGCUGGUAGAAACAGCUUAAUUUCAUCAGGUGGUGUUAAACCUUCUUAGCACUUUUGCAGAUAUCUUUUUGAGGACUCUUCAGAAAAGGAGGGAGCAGAUUUAAAAUCUUCAGCUUAACCUUGCAUCAGGAAAGCCGGACCCUUUUUACUAGCUUCCUGCUGUUCGUCCUACUUCAUAUAUAAUAUAACUUUUGGUUAAAUGUAAUAAUGACUCGAGUUACUUAUUUACAUGAAUCCCCCUCCUGCGUAAAGGAACAGAACUGCUUAGGCAGAUGCCAACAUCCCUGGCUGCUGUGUGAACAGAAAGCUCCUUCUAGGCGAGAGGCUGAGGUCCUGAGGAUGAGAGCUUGGGCCUGCACCUGCAGUAAGACCCUGCUGUUCUCUCAGCGCCUCCAGGGGACCAGGACAAGUAGAUCGUUACCUACCAGGUGCCAGCUGGGCUGUAGCCAGGGACGUGAGGGCAAAUGCAGAUGGUAAUCGCGUUUUAAAUCACUGUGGGAAGGGGGUGGGUGGGACUGGAGUGAGGGACCGAGUUCAAGCAGUGCUUUUGCAGCCACAGAGAACGUGCUUGGAGUUGAGGACGACACUAGUAGUGUAGUCACACCAUAUCCCUUCCGUACCGUGGCUCCUUUACUGAUUAGGGUUCCUUGGGAGCCCUUCAAGGGCUCAUUCCAAGGAGGCUGAGUGGCCAGCAUGCCCAAGAGAAAUCAUGGCCCCCCUUCCUUCCCCAUCGGCUCCCCCAGCUCCUUGGUAAAACUUCCUCUCAAGAGAACCCAAAGAUCAAGCAUGACCCAUGGCCCAAGUGGAAGGGUGGGAUUGCUCUGGCAUGCUUGAGGGGAGGGGUUUUUGCAGGAACGAUCUGAUUGGCUGUGUUCUCCAGGCUGACCAGCCAGAGAGGCUGCUCUGGUGCCCCACUGGUCUGGACCUGCCCAGGGCCCCCCACAGAUGUCUGAUGCAAGCAGCCCACAGAUUGUUCUUGAGACUGGCAGCUUUUAGAAAGUAGAUGAGCCCACAGCCUCUAUACUGUGCUGAGCCCACAAAAGCUGGGGCCUAGCCUGCCAGCUUCACAACCAUAAUGCAAAAUCUAGGAGGCAGCCCAGAGAGUGGGACCACUCGAGUCUAUCAACAUUUGGUCUCGCAACACCUUGGGAAAACGCUCAAGAAUUAAAUCACUAAAAGGAAGCUGGAGGCUUUCCAGCAUGAAACCAAUCUCCUGUAGUUUUUGUCCCUGGCUUUACCAUUCCUGCUGAUUUUUGUUACAGAAUAAAAAUCAAUGAAAGAACAACAAACCCUGUACCUUGUCCUUGUUCAGAAAA